AUGGCUCCUCUCUUCAGCCCCUCCAGCUUUGGCCGUUUCAUGGACAGCCGUAGCCGUUUGACUUCGGCUUCUUCGCAGAAGUCAACAAUCUCUUCGCCAAUGCCGUCUCCAAUGCCAUCACCAAUGCCUUCGCCUGCGCAUUCACAACCUUCACCAGAGCCAAUGGCUAUUUUGCUUAUUGGCCCUAAACAGCACCGCUUCAAGGUCAACAAGCGGUUGAUAUGCGCUACCUCGCCAUUCUUUGCUGAGCGCUUCGGGGACCCAUCAAGCACGAAAUCGAUUUCCCUAUGGCUUCCUCGCGAAUCAUCCUCCAUGUUCAGUCUCUUUGUUGAUUGGGUUCACCUUGGUCUUCGAUUCCGCCCUCAUCUCGAGGAGAUGAUCUCAAACGCCUACGAUGCCGGUUCAGAAGCCUCUCAAGAUAUCCACUGGUGUUUGAUCCGCCUGCAUCUCUUUGCAUCUCGCCUUGGUCUCUAUCGCCUUCAGGACCUUGCUAUGGACGCCAUCCAGGACCUCUACCUCCGUUGCGAUUGGGAUGUUCCCUCAGGACUUAUCAGAUUCCUUUACACUGAGUGCGAGGAUCUCGCUGCUAUUCGACUUCGACGCUGGGCUGUAGCCAUGGUUGCUUUCUCAUUCACUGGCGGGCCACAUCUGACAUUUGAUCAUCAACAAGAAUCUGCCACUUCAGAUCCCGCACAAUUCACUGAUCUGCUUGAACAGCUUCCAGAAUUUGCUGAAGACUACGACAUCCACAUGGAGAAGAUGCGACUUUCAGGACUCGAUAUUCGCUUCAAGAACCCACAGCUGCGCAUUCCAGCCAACCGUCUUCGUAACGAUGAGCGAGCUUUUGGUUUCCGCCAAUGUUCCUUCCACUCACAUCGCUCAAGCGUUGGCGAGCGCCGAUGCCCUCACGAAUCCGGCUCAACGAAACACCGCCGCGUUCGUCAAUCAACCAAGGAGCAAAGUGCAGAGACUACAGGUCUCUCUGCUCCCACCCGGAGGUAUCGCGACGUUGUCCCUCGGCCACUCUUUUCCGGGCCAGCGUACUCGGAUAUCGGAGAGGAUGAUGAUGAUGACGAAAUCUCCAAGGCGAUAAAGCAUGUGAGGUCGAUCUCUAGCACGCUCAAGACAUGA